UCAUCUUCGAUGAUGAUACGUCGUCGAAGCUACGAGAAUUUUUUCACGAACUAAUAGCGUUAUUAGCGUUCGACGAUUUUCAGCUUCAGCUGCUCAAAGUCUUCCUGUUGACAUUCCUGAGCACGGUGGCAUUAAUCUUCGUUGCUUGGCAUAUUUACGGCACUAGAAUUACGGAGCAAUUUAUGAAAGCAGGUGCAGCUGAAGAUUGUAAUACAAUCAAUUGAAUAAUAUAUUGGAUAUUUGAUUAUUAUAUUUUAUUUAUAUAAAUUGCAGCAACAAUUUAAUAUCUGAUAAAUAUGGCUGAUAAAAUCAAGUCUUUUUUCCAAAAAAAGAAGACAAGUGCAAAGUUUAUGAAAGCAGGAAAGGGAUACAAAUUGACAGAUUCUACUAGCACCAUAUGUACUGCGAGCGAAUCUAAAGAACCAAUUAAGAGAGCGGAACCUACCGCAGAAGCUAAAAUAGCAGGUCAAGCUGCCUUAGCAAGAUUAGAAGCAAAAAAAAAUGAUAAACCAAGAUUUAAUACGUCGUAUGCUGCUAUUCAAGCACGUGUUAAACGUGAAUUGGAAUUAGAAAGAAAAGCACAGCAAAAUUUACAACAGACAGAAAAUACAUCAUUGAAAGAGAAAAAAGACAGAGUUGAAGAUCCUUCCAUUUUUGCAGUUACUGAUGUAUUCUUUCGUUGUCCAUAUUUAUCCGAUGAAGUAUUGCUUCGAGAUGAGUGGAAAAAGAAAAUUAGAGAAUUUUUAUACGAGCAAGUAAAAGGAGAAGAAGCAGGAUUAACAGCAUGUUUGAUUAUUCAGAAUUGCAAUACAGGGAAAGAAAAAAUUGAAAGCUGUGUAGAAACACUUGGCAAAUAUUUAGAUAAUAUCAUUAACAAUCCUGAUGUUGAGAAAUAUUGGAAAAUCAGGAUGUGUAAUAGAAUAUUCCAAGAAAAAGUUUUGCCUAUUGAAGGAGCAUUAGAUUUCUUAAAAGCAGCUGGUUUUGAGCAAAAGAAGUUGUUACAUAAUGAUAACGAAGAAGAUUUCUUAGUAUGGAAUCCUAAUAAUUGUAAUAUUGAAAACCUUAUAAUAUUAGAUGAAGCAUUGAAAUCUGCAGAAUCUAUUCCUAUUGAAUUGGAUAGGAAUCUACAAGUAUUAAUGCCUAGCCAAGCUCGCAUGAAAAAUGAAUUGCCACCUAGUUUUUUCACUAUAACUCCAGAAGAACUAAAAAGAGAACAACAAUUGCGAUCGGAAGCUGUAGAAAGAAAUCAAAUGCUAAGAACAAAGGCUAUGAGAGAAAAGGAUGAGCAACGCGUACUUAGAAGAUAUAAAUUUGCCGUACUUCGUAUUAAAUUUCCAGAUGGAAUAAUAUUACAAGGUACCUUUUCUGUACAUGAGAAAUUCCAGAAUGUAAUCGAAUUUGUUGAUGAAAAUUUAAUUGACGAUAAAGUGUUCUUUUCUUUGGUGACACCAGACGGAAUUAAGCUAAUAGAAGAAUGCUAUGAUAAGACACUUUUAGAAUUACGAUUAAUUCCCACAGCUAUAUUGGAAUUCUCAUGGAAUAUUACUGAUAAGGAAAAUAUGCCUAAGGGAUAUUUGAGGGAAGAUGUACUGUCUUAUAUACAAGCUGUUUGAAAAUAAUACUAUAUUCUGAUGCAGAUAACAAAUUAAUUAAAAACGCAUUUUUUAAACAUAAAUUUUCACAAUAGCGUUUUGACAAAUAAUAAUGGAAAUAUGAUUAUAUUGUCAUAAUCACACAUAGUUUUGUGACUAUUCCAGUUUUUAGAAAAUUUUUCUG